CGUUGUUAUUUCCAUAUUUAUACUUCUAAUGAAUCAUCCUCUUGCUUUUACACUCUCGUUGUUCGUUCAAACUUUAUUGAUUUGUGUUAUGCUUAAAAAUGUUUCUCUGUGAAUUUCACUAAUUCUCUUUUUGAUCUUUCUAGGAGGGAUUCUCGUAAUGUUUAUUUAUGUGUCUUCGCUAAGAGCUAACGAGAAAUUUGCUGUGGAUUUAACGUCAUUUAUAUGAGUGGUACCUACAAUUGUCUUGUCUUUCUUAGUUUUAAAUAAGAAUUUCAUGUUUAUGAGCCCUUCCUCGGGCUACCUUUAUCCUACCGAUUUCGUGAUCAUCAAUUUUAAUGUUAAUAGACUUACCAUAUUGGCCUACUCGUUUAUAGUGGUAUAUUUAUUUUUAGCACUCCUGCUGGUCAUUGAUUUUUUAAACAGUAAUAAAAAGCCUUUACGGUCAAUGAUCUAGUGAUUCCGUAAUAUUAGGAAAUAAAAUGUUAUCUCUACGUAAGACGCAACCUACCCUUAAAAUCAUUAAUUCUGCCUUGGUGGAUCUACCUGUGCCGGCCAACAUUUCUAUUUGAUGAAACUUUGGGUCUCUCCUGGGCCUCUGUCUUCUUAUUCAAAUUGUUACUGGACUUUUUUUAGCGAUGCAUUACACGGCGAGAGUAGACUUAGCUUUCUCUAGAGUGGCCCAUAUUUGCCGAGAUGUCAACUACGGUUGGCUGCUCCGGACUGUCCACGCCAAUGGUGCCUCUUUUUUCUUUAUUUGUAUUUAUUUUCAUAUUGGCCGAGGGAUGUAUUAUGGUUCUUUUCAUUAUUUCGAGACAUGAAUGACUGGAAUUGCUCUUUUGUUUCUUGUGAUGGCCGCUGCUUUUUUAGGGUAUGUUCUCCCGUGAGGUCAAAUGUCCUUCUGGGGAGCGACUGUAAUUACAAACUUAGUAUCUGCCGUACCUUAUAUUGGUAACGAUGUAGUACAAUGGUUAUGAGGGGGGUUUGCUGUUGAUAAUCCCACUCUGACGCGAUUUUUCACUUUUCAUUUCUUGAUCCCCUUUCUGGUGGCCGGUCUGACAAUAAUUCAUCUUUUAUUCCUUCAUCAAAGAGGUUCGAAUAACCCCCUUGGAAUUAACGCUAACUUAGACAAGUUACCGUUCCACCCUUAUUUUACCAUUAAGGAUACCGUGGGGUUUAUAGUCCUUAUCUUUUUUCUUGUGACUCUCUCCUUAACUAGACCCUAUCUUCUGGGGGACCCAGAUAAUUUCAUUCCUGCUAACCCAUUGGUUACCCCAGCUCAUAUCCAACCGGAAUGAUAUUUUCUGUUCGCAUACGCUAUUUUGCGGUCUAUUCCUAAUAAGCUAGGAGGGGUAAUCGCCCUUGUCUCUUCUAUUCUUAUUCUUGUGUCCCUUCCCUUUACAUUUAAGCCUAAGUUUCGAGGUCUUGAGUUUUAUUCUGUAGCCCAGCCUUUGUUUUGAUCCUGAGUGUCAGUCUUUUUACUUCUAACAUGGAUUGGGGCACGACCUGUAGAAGACCCCUAUAUUUUUCUGGGACAGAUUCUUACAUGUGCUUACUUCUCAUAUUUUGUGUUUACUCCGAUUGUUAUUAAUUUGAAUGACAAAAUUGUCUAA